AUGGCGAACCGCAGCCGUCUGCUCUCCGCUAUCCUCCUCGUCAUGCUCCUCGCUGUCACCGGUGAUUCCCCGUUCAUCUAGUUUAUUAAAAUUUCCUUACUUUCUUCUUUGUAGCUCUCCGGCUCCUUUCUCCCUCUACGUUCUCCGGUUCUUAAAGGUUUUUUUUCUCCUGGCUCUAACAGGGGAGAUGAUGGGAACGGCCAAACUGGCCGAGGCGAGGACAUGCGAGUCUCAGAGCCACAGCUACAGGGGGCCCUGCGUGAGGGAGAGCAACUGCGCCAACAUCUGCCGGACGGAGGGCUUCCCCGGGGGCAAAUGCCGGGGUUUCCGCCGCCGCUGCUUCUGCAUCAAGCACUGCUAG